ACGGAAAGAAGGAACUAGCCAUCAUGAUGCUUCCUGUUAUACCAAGACGAAGGUACUAAUCCGUUCACAUGCCGUUGUCUGGUCAGUUCAGAAUUUUUUCUUGUGCCUAGCAAAAGUCGGUCCGAGGAAAGCUACAACGGACGUCAAGGGGACAGAAAACAUUCCAUCCGCGCCAUUGGAAUGUCGGGUGUUCUGGUUCCUGAUAUUACCGAUUCCCUCGACCUUCGCUUCUUAGCAAUUACUUCACCUCCAGCCGAGUUUCUCUGUCAGCGGAAUAGAAGUAGCACCCCGCCCCGAUCUCACGUUUCCAUUCUCCAUGGUCUUCAAUGGGGCCAAGAUUACGAACGGCGACCUGGUCUCAGGUGGAUGCCCGUCUGGGGUUAUCCCCAAAGUCUGACCGCAUCGCCGCGCCGUUUCCCGGCCAGGCUCUCGCAGGAAUGGCACUGGCACCAACAGAGCAAACACAAGACUGCAGGAACGAGGCCAGGAAAAGCACCUUGCUUGCCUCUUUCUGCCUAGGUAUCUGCAAACUGAACGAUAUACUGAACCGUCGUAAAGCUCAAUCCAAUCAUUCAGCCACGGGGAGCAUCCAACGUCUAGCGAUCAGUUAGAUCUCAGCUGGUGCAUGGCGUGGUCCGAUUAGGGACGGAGACGAGGGGUUGGCUCAGCUUACAGGGUGGCAGGUCUCAGCCAUGGGCAAAUUAAACCAAACAACCAGCGGCCAGUUGGAGCCGCAGCAGGGAUCAAUUACCACAGCCCUCAGCACUAACACCAAGCGAGCGAUUUCUUCUCUUCUUCCUGUCCUUCAGCCAU